AUGCGGCGAAAAUUCGUUGGGUCGCGGGUCAAGAACCUGGGGGUUGGAUCCGCCCGCGCCUUGCCGCCCUGUGCUCGGCGGAAGGGCUCUGCCACGGCUCCACUCACCGGCUCCCGCCACCUGGGUUCCGCUCCGGGACCUCGGCAGCCAGCGCCUCCCGACUCGCCCGCCCACCGGCCUCUCUUUCCAGCACCCGCAGCCUCCCUCCGGAGUGCAGGGGCCCGGGCGGCGCCACGGCCGGGAGCGGGGUCGGAGGCCAAGCUGGGGCGCGGGCCAGAGCUGCCGGGCCGCCGGGCGCGGGAGAAGGAGGGCCCUUUCGGCAAGUCGAGUCGGCCCGCCGCGCUUUCCUGUCCGGGCGCAGGCAACCGCGGGCGCGGGCGGCGGGAGCCCCGCGUCCCUCGCCGUGCGCCGGACGGGGAACCGGGAGGAGCUGCCACCGCGCUUGCCACCCGGGUCGCCCUUCCUCCGCGCGCGCCGCCGCCCGGGCCGGGGGUCCGAGCCGCGCGCCCCCGGCCCCGGCCCCCCCACCCGUUUCACGCGCCACGGCCGGCCGACUUCCCCAUGUCCGCCUUUCUGGCGGCGGCGCAGCCCUCCUUCUUCCCGGCGCUCGCACUGCCGCCCGGCGCGCUGGCCAAGCCUCUGCCCGCCCCCGGCUUGGCGGGGGCGGCGGCGGCGGCGGCUGCGGCGGCGGCGGCGGCGGCCGAGGCGGGGCUGCACGUCUCGGCACUCGGCCCGCAUCCGCCCGCUGCGCAUCUGCGCUCGCUUAAGAGCCUGGAGCCCGAGGACGAGGUGGAGGACGACCCCAAGGUGACGCUGGAGGCCAAGGAGCUGUGGGACCAGUUCCACAAGCUGGGCACCGAGAUGGUCAUCACCAAGUCCGGGAGGAGGAUGUUUCCUCCCUUCAAGGUGCGAGUCAGCGGCCUGGACAAGAAGGCCAAAUAUAUCCUGCUGAUGGACAUCGUGGCCGCUGAUGAUUGCCGGUAUAAAUUCCAUAACUCGCGCUGGAUGGUGGCGGGCAAGGCCGACCCAGAGAUGCCUAAACGGAUGUACAUCCACCCGGACAGCCCGGCCACGGGAGAGCAGUGGAUGGCCAAGCCGGUGGCCUUUCAUAAGCUGAAGCUGACCAACAACAUCUCCGACAAGCACGGCUUCACCAUCCUGAACUCCAUGCACAAGUACCAACCACGCUUCCACAUCGUGCGAGCCAACGACAUCCUGAAGCUGCCCUACAGCACCUUUCGUACCUACGUGUUCCCCGAGACCGACUUCAUCGCGGUCACUGCCUACCAGAACGACAAGAUCACGCAGCUUAAGAUCGACAACAACCCGUUUGCCAAGGGCUUCCGGGACACCGGGAAUGGCCGGCGGGAGAAAAGGAAGCAGCUAACGCUGCCGUCGUUGCGCUUGUACGAGGAGCACUGCAAGCCAGAGCGCGACGGUGCCGAGUCGGACGCCUCGUCCUGCGACCCUCCCCCCGCGCGGGAACCGCCACCCUCCCCGGGGACAGCGCCUAGUCCCCUGCGCCUGCACCGGACUAGAGGUGCGGAUCUGUCGUGCGCCGCGGACAGUGACCCAGAGCCCGAGAGGCUGAGCGAGGAGCGCGCGGGGCAGGCGCUAGGCCGCAGCCCAGCCCUGGACGGCGGCAGCCCCCCUCGCUUGACCGAACCCGAGCGCGCCCGGGAGCGGCGCAGCCCCGAGAGGGCCAAGGAGCCGGCCGAGAGCGGCGGGGACGGCCUGUUUGGCCUGCGGAGCCUAGAGAAGGAGCGCGCCGAAGCCCGGCGGAAGGACGAGGGGCGCAAGGAGGCCGGCGAGGGCAAGGAGCCCGGCCUGGCGCCGCUGGUGGUGCAGACAGACAGUGCGUCCCCCCUGGGCGCCGGACACCUGCCGGGCCUGGCUUUCUCCGGCCACCUGCACGGGCAGCAGUUCUUCGGGCCUCUGGGGGCCGGCCAGCCGCUCUUUCUGCACCCGGGACAGUUCGCCAUGGGCCCCGGCGCCUUCUCUGCCAUGGGCAUGGGCCACCUACUGGCCUCGGUGGCAGGCGGCGGCAGUGGAGGAGGCAGCGGACCAGGGACAGCCACCGGGCUGGACGCAGGCGGGCUGGGUCCCGCGGCCAGCGCGGCAAGCACCUCCGGGCCCUUCCCGUUCCACCUCUCCCAGCACAUGCUGGCAUCUCAGGGAAUCCCAAUGCCCACUUUCGGAGGCCUCUUCCCCUACCCCUACACUUACAUGGCUGCUGCUGCCGCAGCGGCCUCCGCGUUGCCAGCCACUAGUGCUGCGGCUGCUGCCGCUGCUGCCGCAGGCUCCCUAUCUCGGAGUCCCUUUCUGGGCAGUGCCCGGCCCCGCCUGCGCUUCAGCCCCUACCAGAUCCCAGUCACCAUCCCACCUAGCACUAGCCUCCUCACUACUGGGCUGGCGGCCGAGGGCUCCAAGGCUGCAGGCGGCAACAGCCGGGAGCCCAGCCCGCCGCCUGAGCUGGCUCUCCGCAAAGCGGGGGCCCCGCCCCGCGGGGCCCUGUCGCCCAGCGGCUCAGCCAAAGAGGCAGCCAGUGAACUGCAGAGCAUCCAGAGGCUGGUGAGUGGGCUGGAGAGCCAGCGAGCCCUCUCCCCCGGCAGGGAGUCGCCCAAGUGA